AUGAAGCUUCUAGCUUUGACAACUGCCUUCGCCCUGUUGGGCAAAGGGGUAUUUGGUCUAACUCCGGCCGAAUGGCGGGGCCAGUCUAUCUACUUCCUGAUAACGGACCGGUUUGCUCGUACAGAUGGCUCAACAACCGCUCCAUGUGAUCUCAGCCAGAGGGCGUACUGUGGUGGAAGCUGGCAGGGUAUUAUCAAGCAACUCGAUUAUAUCCAAGGAAUGGGCUUCACUGCUAUUUGGAUCACACCCAUUACGGAGCAAAUCCCACAGGAUACCGCUGAAGGAUCAGCAUUCCACGGCUAUUGGCAGAAGGAUAUUUACAAUGUCAACUCCCAUUUCGGAACCGCCGAUGACAUUCGGGCAUUGUCCAAGGCCCUUCACGACAGGGGAAUGUACCUGAUGAUUGACGUUGUUGCCAACCACAUGGGUUACAAUGGACCUGGUGCCUCGACUGAUUUUAGCACCUUUACCCCGUUCAACUCUGCCUCCUACUUCCACUCGUACUGCCCGAUCAACAACUAUAACGACCAGUCUCAGGUAGAGAACUGUUGGUUGGGAGACAACACUGUGGCUCUGGCAGACCUAUACACCCAGCAUUCGGAUGUGCGGAACAUCUGGUACAGCUGGAUCAAAGAAAUUGUUGGCAAUUACUCUGCUGAUGGUCUGCGUAUCGACACCGUCAAGCACGUUGAAAAGGAUUUCUGGACUGGCUACACCCAAGCUGCUGGUGUUUAUACCGUUGGCGAGGUAUUAGAUGGGGACCCGGCUUAUACCUGCCCCUAUCAGGGAUAUGUGGACGGUGUCCUGAAUUAUCCCAUCUAUUAUCCCCUCCUGAGAGCGUUCGAAUCGUCGAGUGGUAGCAUGGGUGAUCUUUACAAUAUGAUCAACUCUGUGGCCUCGGAUUGUAAAGACCCCACCGUGCUAGGAAGUUUCAUUGAGAACCAUGACAAUCCUCGCUUCGCUAGCUAUACCAAGGAUAUGUCCCAGGCCAAGGCUGUUAUUAGCUAUGUCAUACUAUCGGACGGAAUCCCCAUCAUCUAUUCUGGACAGGAGCAGCACUACUCUGGUGGAAAUGACCCGUACAACCGCGAAGCUAUCUGGUUGUCGGGUUACUCUACCACCUCAGAGCUGUAUAAAUUCAUUGCCACCACGAACAAGAUCCGUCAGCUCGCCAUUUCAAAGGAUUCAAGCUAUCUUACUUCACGAAACAAUCCCUUCUACACUGAUAGCAACACCAUUGCAAUGCGAAAGGGCUCCGGGGGCUCGCAGGUCAUCACUGUACUUUCCAACUCUGGUUCCAACGGUGGAUCGUACACGCUCAACUUGGGUAACAGCGGAUACUCGUCUGGAGCCAAUCUAGUGGAGGUGUACACCUGCUCGUCUGUCACGGUCGGUUCCGACGGCAAGAUCCCCGUCCCCAUGGCAUCUGGUCUUCCCCGUGUCCUUGUUCCGGCAUCUUGGAUGUCCGGAAGUGGAUUGUGCGGCAGCUCUUCCACCACUACCCUCGUCACCGCCACCACGACUCCAACUGGCAGCUCUUCCAGCACUACCCUCGCCACCGCCGUCACGACUCCAACUGGUAGCUGCAAAACUGCGACGACCGUUCCAGUGGUCCUUGAAGAGAGCGUGAGAACAUCCUACGGCGAGAACAUCUUCAUCUCCGGCUCCAUCCCUCAGCUCGGUAGCUGGAACCCGGAUAAAGCAGUCGCUCUUUCUUCCAGCCAGUACACUUCGUCGAAUCCUUUGUGGGCCGUCACUCUCGACCUCCCCGUGGGAACUUCGUUUGAAUACAAAUUCCUCAAGAAGGAGCAGAAUGGUGGCGUCGCUUGGGAGAAUGACCCUAACCGGUCUUACACUGUUCCCGAAGCGUGUGCCGGUACCUCCCAAAAGGUGGACAGCUCUUGGAGGUGA